CCGAAUAUUCUUCCGAGUUAUAGUCCUUCACCAACACGAACCUGAUCGUCCACUGCGCGUGAAAGAAAAAGAAACGUUGAACAACACCACCCCGUUAUUCGUCCACUUUUGCUUCUCUUCCGGCUUAUUCGUUUCACAGAACAAAUAUUUUGCUAUCAAACCCAUAUCAGACCAUGUCCACAACUGUCCGUUUCUUUAACUUCCAUGGUUAUACUUUCUUUAUUCGAUAAAAUUCCAUUAAAAUCUACCGAAAUUCAUCAACCCUUUUGACCUUGAGCCCUAAAUUUCUUGUUUUUGCUCCGACUCAAUACCGUUUUAAGUUAAAUCCAAUAUGGGUGUAGGCAUUUCAGUCUGGUUAGGAUUAAAAGCAGGAGUUUAUUUUUUCAUCUUUACACUCUUGAAAACUUUAGGUUUUAGUUUUUUGUCAUUACUUUUUUUGUAUGCAUCACUGGUUUCAUUACUCAUUGCAUUUGCGUCUCAUCCAUUAGUUAAUCUUCCCAUGCUUUUGGGGAAGAACUUAGAUGGGAGUUUCCCUAUUUGGUCAACAAUCAUGUUUAGUCCCUACCUAUAUUUUGCCAGAAUCUUUUCAAUUUUGAGAAGAAUGAAGAGUGGUGAAGAGCCUUACAAUGAGAUUUGUGAAGGGUUAUAUGUUGGUGGGUGGCCUUAUUCACUUCGUGCAUUGCCUCCUGGUAACCCUGCUGUUAUCGAUUGCACUUGUGAGUUUCCAAGAGUGAAGGAGCUCGCAGGGUGCCCAUAUUUGUGUGUGCCCACUUGGGAUACCAGGGCGCCUCAACCAGGAGAGAUUGAGUCCGCUGUGAAGUGGGCUUGUCGAAAGAGAGCUCAGAAUAGGCCGGUUUUUGUCCACUGUGCAUAUGGUCAUGGAAGGAGUGUUGCUGUGAUGUGUGCUCUAUUGGUGGCUUUGGGUAUUGUAGAAGAUUGGAAAAAGGCUGAGACAUUCAUCCAGAAAAGGCGACCUUAUAUUCGGAUGAAUGCUCUUCACCACAAGGUGCUGGAAGAAUGGUCUAAACACAGACUGUCGACUCCUAAUAGGAAUGAAUGAAAAUCAUGCUGUUCUAUCUAUGGCUACUGGACACACAAUCUGAAAUUCCAGAAAAGAAGGGUAUUUUCAUUCUUCUUCAAGUUCUGAUUACUGGAAUUGCUUAUUAUCCAAUGGCUUCUAACUGCUAGUUUCUUGUUUAUUUAAUUUGAUUCCAUGUCAAAGAAUACCAAUUUUGUCAUGUGACAACAAAAUAGUAUUCUUUUAAGAUAUUGUAACAUUCGAGCACAUUUAUCUUCUUUUCUCCAUUAAAGUUCCUUGUAUAAUGUUAAUAUACAGUUAUCUUUUAAAGUUAUUUUUUAA